AUGGUGGCCAAGCAGCGGAUCCGGAUGGCUAACGAGAAGCACAGCAAAAACAUCACCCAGAGGGGGAACGUAGCCAAAACCCUGAGGCCGCAAGAAGAGAAAUAUCCUGUGGGACCAUGGCUGUUGGCACUGUUCGUUUUUGUUGUCUGUGGCUCAGGUCGACCCCAUAAACACUGGCCUGGCCUGGAGACCACCGGAACAUUCCUGGACUGGCGACAUCCAGAGGGAGUCGCCUUCCGGCCUGGCAGGCACGACGUCUGA